GGCGGCGGGGCCUCGCGGGACCCGGGACGCGGCCCUCGGCUCCGGCCGGCCGCCUGCUGUCCCUGGCCGCCCUCUCUUCCAGUGCCGGGCAGCCCGACUCCACUCGCUCCACCUUCGCAGCGUUUUAUCAGGAAUGUCUCCCUCCCCCCGCCAUUCACACGGCCUCAUGGGCUCCGGCUUAUUUGGGCUCGCUGCCCCUCCCGUCUGUUAAGGUUGACUUCAGGGUCACGGCCAUUAGUGGCCGCGCUGCCUUCCAGGGGCCUUGCCCUCCCGACUUCCACCUUGAAUUCCAACUGAAAAUUCAAUCCAUGUGCAGAGAAAGAGCAGAGGGCCAACAUGUUGGCAAGCUUGCCCAUGUACAAAAGCCACCAAGUAUUACAGAAGACGAAUUUGAAGAUUCUUUGGCAACAGAUAGCUUCCUUGUGGAUUACUUUAAUGAAUUUCUAAGCCUUCCAACCUUUUCAGAGGCAAUUAGAUUUAAUGCAGAUUAUGGGGUUUUUGAAGUAGCUAACAAUGCUCCACAACUUUUGGAAAAGCAAUUGAAAAGAAUCCUACAAAGCCAACAACCUCGAAAUCCUAUCUAUGACGUUGUAAGGAAAGGAAAGAAUGAUGCUACAUCUCUUCACAUGAGUGCCCCUUAUGAAGAUGAGACCAUAAACAUCAACUACAAUAUUAUGUGUCUCAGUCGAGAACAAGGUAUUCAAUGGAUAAAAAAAGAAAGACUACCAGCGUUUCUGGAAAGUGAUUGCUACUUUGAAUACAGGUUAGCCAAACUGGUCUCACAAGUCAGAUGGAGUGAAUCAGGCAUGAAUAUCAUAGUAGGCACCGAUUUUUCUCCCUGGGUCCUGAAAAAGACAACUACUCCACCGCCUCCUGCUGUUGAAGACGAUGAAAUUAUAAUUAUGAAAAAGUUCUACAUAUCUCUUGGCGAGGCCUCCUAUACUCAGACAAAAGAUUGGUUUGCAUUAGCUAAACAAUGUCAGCAAACAGUAACAACCUUUUCAUUACCUACUUAUGUAAGCCACAACAAAAUUGAAUCAUCAGCUGUUUCAUCUGUUCCUGAGAAUUUUGUCUUUGAUGAUGGAGUUCACCCUAUGAUUAAAAAAGACCCAUCUAAAGUCACUCAAUUAAGUUCUGAAUCUGAUGAAGACGAGGAAGAGAAUGGGUCUACAUCUCUACAAGACACAGCCUCUCAAGCUCUUCUGAGAAUCUAUCUUGAAUGUCAACAGAAUGGUGAAGAAAAACUGACACUACACUUCUUGACUUCUGAAGAAUUUUUAAAAUCUUAUGUUUCCUCUAUUUUGAGAGUAGCAAUUAAGCAAAUUACUGGGGGACAAAUUGAAGAAAGCCCAGAUUAUGUAAAUUUCAAGAAUGUAUCAGAAGUAGUGUUUGAUUCACAUUUCGAUCCUAUCUUUGAUAAGAACACUUUGUUCAGUGGAGCAGUACCAGCCACAAAGGAAAAGUUGGAAGAAGAAUCUGAAGAAACAAGUUUACAAAGUGAGAGCACUGGAUCAGGAAGUAGGUCUGAUCGGUGUGUUUCUCGCAAAAUUUAUUACAUUGGUAAUAGAAAAGAGUUUGAAAGAUUUAAGACAUUUAUAAAAGGUACAUUAGGAGAGCGAUACUGGUGGCUAUGGAUGGAUAUCGAAAGGUUAAAAGUUCUUAAGGACCCUGGAAGACAUCAAAGACACCUAGAGAAGAUGAGAAAAUGCUACCUAGUCAGCAGUGGAGACUGCUAUUUGUCUACAGAAAUUUUAUCAAAAUUUAAACUGCUUGAUGGAUCUCAGUGGAAUGAAGAACAUUUAAAAAAUAUUCAGUCUGAGGUUGUAAAGCCCUUACUUCUGUACUGGGCACCACGAUACUGUGUUACUCAUUUAUGCUCCACAAAGAAUGUUAGUGCUAAACUGAAAUUCUGGCACUUACGUCAAGAGACACCCAGGAAGGAUAUUGACCCCUUUCCACAGAUGGCCACCCUUUUGCCAUUAAGACCUAAAUCUUGCAUUCCACAGAUAACUGAGGCUCCGAAAGAAGAAUCAAAUCUAUUACCUCCUAAAUCUUCCAAGAAGUUACCUAGAGUAAAAACUGCAAUUCAGAGAUCUUCAAAGAAUGAGUCUUUGUAUGCAGUUUUUCCUAAGGAUGUUAUUGAGAAAAGGCCAAGGCAACUGUCAGAAAGCAGAAUUAUUCGUUUAACAUCUUUUACUGAUAUAUCUGAAUGUCUGAAGCCUCAGCUGGAUCGAAGGUACACUUACACAGAAGAAACUGCAGUUAAAACCACAGCUGAAGAUGCUCUGGGAGGAUUUGACAUGGAAAAUUUGUUGCAAUCUUUAUAUGUAGAAAAUAGAGCUGGAUUUUUCUUUACGAAAUUCUGUGAGCAUUCAGGGAACAAGUUGUGGAAGAACAGUGUGUACUUCUGGUUUGACCUACAGGCUUAUCAUCAGCUCUUCUACCAAGAAACACUUCACCCUUUUAAAGUAUGCAAGCAAGCCCAAUAUCUUUUUGCCACAUAUGUUGCUCCAUCAGCAACUUUUGAUAUUGGGCUCCAACAGGAAAAAAAAAGAGAAAUUUAUAUGAAAAUACAACCACCAUUUGAAGAUCUUUUUGACACAGCAGAAGAAUAUAUCCUCCUCAUCCUUCUUGAGCCAUGGACAAUGAUGAAAAAAUCAGACCAAGUGACUUACAGAAAGGUGGAACUGGUGGAAGAAACUCGACAGCUAGAUUCCACAUACUUCAGAAAGAUACAGGCUUUGCACAAAGAAGCACGUUCCAAGAAAAAUAAGGACACUACAAGUGAACUUGGAACUGGUAUUUCUCCCCUUCCUGGUCUUUCUAAACAAACAGAAUAUUGGAAUAAUGUUCCUGAAGAAUAUAAACAUUUUACUUUUAAUGAUCUGCUUAAAAACAAAUUGGAAUUCGAACAUUUUCGUCAGUUUCUUGAGGCUCAUUCUUCAAGCAUGGACCUCAUGUGCUGGACAGACAUCGAGCAGUUCCGAAGAAUAUCUUACAGAGAUCAGACACAACGAGAAGCAAAGUCUAUACAUAUCAAAAAUAAAUAUCUUAAUAAGAAAUAUUUCUUUGGACCCAGUAGUCCAGCUUCACCACAACAGCAGGACCAGAUAAUGCAAUUAAGUGGUGGCUGGGGAAAGAUUCUCCAUGAGCAGCUUGAUGCACCUGUUCUAGUUGAAAUCCAGAAGCACGUCCUAAAUCGACUGGAAAAUGUGUGGCUGCCAUUGUUUCUUGCAAGUGAACAGUUUGCAUCACGUCAAAAGAUAAAGGUGCAAAUGAAAGACAUAGCUGAGGAGCUCUUACUGCAGAAGCAUGGAAGGAAAAUUGGGGUCUGGAAGCCUGUGGAGAGUAAAUGGAUAUCUUCAUCUUGUGAAAUCAUUGCUUUUCGUAAAGCAUUAUUGAAUCCAAUUACUGCAAAGCAGUUUCAACGUUUUGUUGCACUAAAAGGAGAUUUAUUGGAAAAUGGGGUCCUCUUUUGGCAAGAAGUACAAAAAUUCAAGGACUUGUGCCAUUCUCACUGUGAGACAUCUGUCAUCCAAAAGAAAAUCAUGACUAUUAUCAACUGUUUUAUUAAUUCUAGUAUUCCACCUACUUUACAAAUUGAUAUUCCAAUUGAGCAAGCCCAGAAGAUUAUUGAACAUAAGAAGGAGUUAGGACCAUACAUAUUUAGAGAAGCACAGAUGACAAUUUUUGGGGUCCUGUUUAAAUUUUGGCCUCAAUUUUGUGAGUUUAGAAAGAACUUAACUGAUGAGAAAAUUAUGAGUGUUUUAGAGAGAAGACAAAAAUACAAUAAGCAGCAGAAGAAAAAAAUGAUGAUCACAGAAGAUGAAAAAGUUGCAAAGGAUGGAGCAAAACAAUAUAUAAGUGCUUCAGGAUCUGCUGUUAAAACAGGCACUAUGAUUCAUGACCCAGUCCUAAACCUACAAGCAUAUGGUCGGCAGCCAUCCUGGUGCUACUCAAAGUACAUAGAAGCUUUAGAACAGGAAAGACUUCUUCUUAAAAUUCAAGAAGAACUGGAGAAGAGGUUGUUUGCAGAAUGACAGGACUCACAUGAACAUAUGCCCUAUUGCUACUGAUUGCAAGGAUUUUUUUUUUUUAAACCAAGCUUAACUGACAUGGAAGCUCAAGUGAUGUGAUGUUCUGAAUUAGAGCAUUGCUACCAUCUAAAUAAAGUUUGGCUUGAUUUAGCACCAGA